AUGUUCAAAGUAUUCAAGACAUCAGGGAUAGAGGGAAACUAUAGUAUCUCUUCAUAUCCAUUGUUUGUAAACAACAGUUGUUGGUCAGUUUAUCCAGCCAAACAUAAAACAACUAAAAAACAGUAUUCUGUUUGGCAAUUCCAGAAAAAAGAAAUUGAACAACGUUUGACCAAUGAGGGCGUCAUCAGUAAAAGUAACAAACACAUGAUCAUGAAUGAUAUCUUUGAAAACUUGAGAACAUUUAUAGGAAACCAAAUGAAGUUAAAGCAUCCUAAUUUUGUGACAGUGAUUGAGCCAUUAGAAGAUCACAAAUCUAGAGUAUUGUUUGUCACCGAAAACGUCAUUAACGAUGUUGAAAACAUCAAUAAGGAAGAGCUCGAUGAGAUAAUGAUAGCUCAGGGUCUACUACAAGUUUGUACUGGUUUGAAAUUUUUGCAUGAAUCUGUUAAUUCUGUUCAUCUAAACCUGAACCCUUCCUCAAUUUUGAUAACUGAUAAUUAUGACUGGAAAAUCUCUGGAUUAACGUUUAUGGAGAAAAUAGUGAGUGGUGCUAUUGAAAAAUAUAUAGACCCAAUAGACAAUAGAUUGCCAACUUUUCUAAGUAUCGAUUUUAGAUUCUCAAGCCCCAACCUAAUGUUGAAACACAGAGUUGAUUAUAUUGAUGAUUUAUUCUCACUCUGUUGUAUGGUUUACUACUUAUACACAAGUGGAAACUUAUUGAUCAAGUGUGAAAAAUGCUCCAGUAUAUCGGAUUACGAAAGGGGAGUUGCGAAAAUGAACCAACUGCUUCAAAGUGCCAACAGUACGAACAAUCAUGCUUCGUUUCAAAAGAUCCCAAAAAGUUUUUACCAUAGGCUUAUCGAGGUUUUGCAAAAUACACAAGAGUCGAAUACCGAUGUUAUUCAACUACAUAAAUCGUAUAACAUAGACGACUUAAUGGAGUCCGAAAUUUUCAAUAAUCCUCUAAUCAAAGUUUUAAACACGCUUGAUGGAUACACCACUUUUUCAGCACAUGAACGGAUCAAUUAUUUAAAGGGCUUGAAAAAUGAAAUAGAGAAGUUUCCUAAGACUUUGAUUAUUAAUAAGUUCAUACCUAUCUUAAUUGGUUCUGUUGAUAUUGCGCAAUUUAAGAAAAAGGAGAAACCACCAACCGAAAUUGAAGAGUUGAUAGUGGAAGUUUGUGAUAAUUUACUUAUUAUAUCUAAAUCCUUGUCACAAUUAACAUUCACCGAUAAAGUGUUUCCCUACAUUCUUUCAAUUUUGAAAAAGACUCCAUUUGAUGGAUUCAAGAUACUGCUAUUGAAAAACUUGUCAGUUAUUCAAUCUGGGUUAAAUGCAAACUCAAGCAGCAAUUCAAACAAUGAGAUGUUUCAAAAAUUUUCGCUUGAUUUAUUUGAAAAGUGUAUUGGUGACACAAACUCAAUGGUUGUCCAAGAGUUAACUUUGACAUAUAUUAAAACUAUCAUGCAAUUUCAGCAGUACUCCACUAUUACAAACAACAUAUUGCCUAAAUUGUGUACGUUAUAUUCUACCACGACAUCUCUCAAGGUAAAAAGCCUAUCUGUGAAUGCAUUUAUCACCAUGGUAUCUGAUUUAGAUACCAAAGUACUUGAUGACCAUAUUAUUGUUGAGACUUUAUUGCCGCUGAUAUACAACACUUCACCGGCUAUAUUUUCGAACACCAAGUUUACUCAGAGUAUCAUCAGAUUGUACAACAGUAUAUUUAAAAAACUCUCUGGUUCAUCAACAAAGAAAUUCAAUGUAAAGGGAACAGAUGUUGACCUCUAUGACGUUAUAAUGGAAUUAGGUUUCAAUAUAUGGAAACUUGCCAAGUACAUGUUUAAUAAACAAGACUUAAAUAAUGUUUAUCAAUUAUGGUCACAGAUUGAGCAAUUCAUGAAGAAAGAACUAGAUUCAAAAGCGUCGAAUAGUAUCCCAGAAUCUUCACCAGCAUUUGAAAGCACGAACUUUAAUUCUAAUAUAGCAGCAGCCGCAAUUUCUCCAGCUGCGAAAGAACAAAAACCAGUACAGGGCCCAAACAUGACAGUUGCAGCAACAAACGAUUACACAACACCAAAACCAGGGACAAGUACCAACACAUUCAGCACAAUGGCAACAAUGAAACCAAAGAAAAUGGUCUUAGGAAAUCAAAACCCAAAAAUAGCAUCGACACCCCGGCUGGUAUUUGGCCAAACGAACCAAACGAUAAAUUCUGUUGCUUCUAACACCAUCGAUUGGACAACUGCAGAGAGCGGCGUUAUGAAGCCAACUACCCAGAAUGGAAAAAAGAACACGACGUCAACAUCAUUUAAUGUCAUGCCUGCAAUGGCACCUACACGUAGUAGUGUGAAUGUACAUGUGAAUGGAGCACAACCCCCGGCUGGGGAUAAUAACACCAUCGAUGAUGAAUGGGGGGCUUUUGAGAUAGGGUCCACCACAAAAAAAAAUGAAUGGGAUGACUUGCUCACUUAG